CCCUAUCUCUCAUUGCAGUCAGAGCCCAUUGGAACAGAAAAUACACAGGGAGCGAUGAGCAUGCUUGCCUCUGAUUGGCUCCUGCUGCACACAUGGGACUGAGCCGUAAGAGAGGGAUCAGGUUACAGCAGAAAGGAAGCUUGGAGCUCACUGAGGCUGCCUGUGCCUGCAGAGGAAAGCGGAUUGAUCAUUUCAUCAACAGCAUCCGCUUGAGCUCACGUGGUGUAGUCCUAAGUCCUAAAACUCAUUAGACAACACACAAAUUAUCCUGAAGUGUGGAGCCUGUGCCAUGCCGAAAUUUCUGACUUUAAGCUGAAAACCCCCAAUAUCUUGUGACUUCCCUUACAAAAUCCAAAGAUCUCUGCCAGAGUGUCCUUUAACAUCUCAGAAGGUGGAGGAGCCAGCGCGUGUCCCCGCUCGCCUGCCCCACCGCGCCAUGAAGCUGCAAGCGGUGAUGGAGACCCUCCAGCGGCAGCAGCGGGCACGAUUACAGCAGGAGCUGGAAGCCAGGCAGCUUCAGCAGGACACAUCUGAAGGCCGCACACAACCAUCAGUAGGCUACCCUGGCAAUGGAAGUGAGGAAGCAGAGCCAGAGGCCUUAAAAAUCCAGCGGGCACAGGCAGCAGCUCUGGCUGCCAUGAGGGCAGCUGCUGCUGGACUUAGCCAACAGCCUAGUCCAGCUGCUUCUGAGGAAGAAGAGGACGAUGGGGAAAGUAUGCCAUCUGAUGAGGAGGAUGAAAAAGAGAGGGAUGGGGAAAGUGAACGGUACCAGGAUAUGGCCUCAGAGGAGGAAGAUCUGAAGGGCAAAUGGGAUGAGGACGAUUUUGAGGAUGAAGCAGAGGAAGAAGAUUAUGAGGACAUGGAGGAAGGAAUGGGAAUGAAUGAGGCUGGCAGGGUGGGCAAGGGGUCUACAUUGCCCCCCAAGCAAUCUAGUCAACAGACAUUUCCAUCCCAGCGUUCUCUAGGAGCAGAGCGCACAGGGCUCCCUCUCUCAGGACACCCACAACUGCAAGAUCAUGGAGACUGGACAUAUGAGGAGCAAUUCAAGCAGCUCUAUGAAUUGGAUGGUGACCCCAAAAGGAAAGAAUUUCUGGAUGAUCUGUUCAGCUUUAUGCAGAAAAGAGGAACCCCUGUGAAUCGGAUCCCAAUUAUGGCCAAGCAGGUCCUUGAUCUGUACAUGUUGUAUGUUCUUGUAACUGAAAAGGGAGGUUUGGUGGAAGUUAUUAACAAAAAGCUGUGGAGAGAGAUCACUAAAGGCUUGAACCUACCAACUUCAAUCACCAGUGCAGCCUUUACACUGCGCACUCAAUAUAUGAAGUACUUGUAUCCCUAUGAAUGUGAGAAGAGAGGCCUUAGUAAUCCCAAUGAACUACAGGCAGCCAUUGACAGUAACAGGCGGGAAGGGCGUAGGCAAAGCUUUGGUGGCUCCCUCUUCACGUACUCCCCAAGUGGUGCCCCAAGCAUUCUUUCAUCCCCUAAAUUACAGGUGUCUGGUUUGUCUUUAGGGGGUUCUGCAACAAAUGGGAGUGCUUUUUCAUCCAUGCACAAAAUAAAAAAAGAGGAAGAUUCCCCAAUCUCUUUGGCAGUGCCACCACGGAUUCCAGUCACGUUGGCUGGACAUUCUAUGGUGGCAGCACAAGUAGCUGCUCAGGCUGCUGCCCUGGAGCAACUCAGAGAAAAGCUUGAAUCUGGGGAGCCCCCAGAAAAGAAAAUGGCAUUGGGCACAGAAGAGCAGCAGCGACUAAUACAGCGAACCAUCCAGCACAAUCUCCUGGCAAUGACUGCACAGCUUCCCAUGAACAUUCGCAUUAACAGCCAAGCUGAAGGAAGACAGGACUCUGCAGUGAACCUCACAACCAAUGGAACUAACAGUAUUAGCAUGUCCGUGGAGCUAAAUGGUAUUGUGUACACAGGUGUGCUCUUUGCACAGCAUCAUACCUCAGCAUCUGGGACUAGCAAGGGGAGCUCCAACCGGACUGGCAGCAUUGGAGGAGGCAGCAGCACCUCACAACCUGCUCCCCCCCCAACCUCCUCAGCCCCCACCUCUAAUAACCCCUCUCCCUGACAUUGAGCCGCCAAAUCUUCACACAGCUGACGCCAAAAAUGUUGGAAUUGUUCCUUUUUUCACACUCAGGUUUAUUACUCCUCGCAGGAGGGAGCUCCCGGAACGCAGUGCUGGGGUGUUUUUAGCAGGGGGCUAGGUUGAGCCAGCACAGAAUCAGUCAGAAAUCUCUUCCCUAAGUGGAAAAAAACACAAAUACCUCAUUUCUUGCACUGCAAUUAAAAUAUAUUUUAUAUUACCUCCAGAACCACACUGCCUACCCCUUCAUCCCAAGCUGCGCUCCGGAAUCCACCCACAUGCAAAUAUCUUUACUUUACCCUUUUAACUUUUAAUAUCUAAAUAGGAAAAACAAGGGAGGGUAUGGAUUUUUUCGUGUAAAUGCCUUUUAUUCUGAAAAUCAAAAAAAACUUUAAAAAAAUGGAAUAUUUCUGUAAUCCCCACUUUGGACUUACAAGAGGCACUGAAUAUCAGCAAAGUGGGGUGUGCCUAUGACGUCCCCCCCCCCAAUGGGCAUGUGAGUCCUGACAUUCCCACCCCUCCAUAGACUCUGGAAUGUUAUUAGAGGGCAGCUGGGAAUGUAGAUCACUGAAUGUGUUUUUAUUUUUUAUUCCUGUGGUUGCCAGAAGAUUUGGGUUUCAGGCAGCAUCUGAACCUUUAUAGCCUCCACCAUUCCUUUGAAUCCAAACUUUGCAAUAUUUAUACGGGUCAUAUAGUUUGGUUAAAAACCUGACUACCUUUUCAGGUAGCAGGUUGUUCUAUGUUUCUGAUUUUGCAGUUAUUUUUCUGGAGUUGUAUUUCUUAAUCAUGAAAGUCAUCUGUAUUUAA